GCCACGUUGACCAUAUCAUCAGCCACGGACAGAAGAACUUGUAUGUUCCAAAACUAGCAAGUCGAAGGUCGUGCUUGACGCUUGCUGUUCGCAUUGUCGGAUCAAGUCACUCGCUUGUCAAUCUACUCCGACUAUGCUUGAUAUUAUGCAACAAGCCUAUUAAUUUUGCAACAUCAAGCUUCGACUAUCAACUUUGACAAGUACUAUAUAAUCUCAUGUUCGGUCGCGUUCAGCACGGCCAAGGAGGUGGCGGUGGUGGUGCUAGAGUGUGCUCUUUCUAUCAACAAGGCAGAUGCAAAUUCGGAGACAACUGUAAAUUCGAGCAUCCUGGCGCCAAUAAACCUCAAGACACUGGAAAUCGCUUCCAGGCGCUAGGAAACAACUCCUUUGGCCAGGGAAACCGCAACAAUCAAAGGCCACCUGCUCCAGGACGAGGAGAGCAAUACAAUAGCCAGAAUUCCUACGCGGUAACGAAAGAGGGAAUCGAGGGCGAUCUCAGAAAUGAGAGGCCCAAAUGGCCGUUCUCAGCUUAUGGUCCUGGCAGAGACACGCCAUUACAGCUCUUUGGCGGAUUUCCACUAGAACAGAGCCCUGAGGAGAUGCGAGUGCUUUACUACCAAGCGAUAGCGAGCGGUAAUCCACAACCUGCUAUUCAAGGUGAACAGGAACUUAUCACACAGACAAAUCAGCAAAUAGAAAGAGCCCUUGCUGAUCUGGACGGUGCGGUAAGGUACAUUCUGGACGGAGAGAACCAACAUCCAAACCGCAUAGAUGGGUGCCAGGCCGCUGUCGGAAACGUUUUCCACAAAGGUCGGAAACUCAACUCAAAGUUCUCAUCAACCGCCGCACCUGCCGCAGCGAACCCGCCAGCCCAAUCGGGUGGAUUUGGUCAACCUUCUGCGAUGGGUGGUGGUGGUGGAGCUUUUGGUCAACCUUCAAAUCUUGGAGGUGGUGGUGGCUUUGGCCAACCAUCCAACCUUGGGCAGAAGCCCAACCCAUUUGGACAGUCUGGAAAUGUGCCCGCGGUGGGAGGAUUUGGUUCUGCUUCAACUCUUGGUCAAAAACCAAGUCCCUUUGGACAACCAGCUGCCGGUGGGUUCGGUCAAGCGUCCAACUUGGGAGCAAAGCCAAAUCCCUUUGGACAGCCGGCAGCACAAGCAGGUGGGUUUGGACAACCUUCAGCGCUCGGCCAAGGAAGUGCGUUCGGACAACCGUCUGGUGGUGCACAACCAAGCCCAUUCGCUCAGGCAGCACAGCCUAAUCAAGCGCAACCAUCUCCAUUUGCGCAAGCUGGCCAGCAAGGAGGAGGCUUUGGUCAGGCAUCGGUUCUAGGCCAGCAACAAAAGAGUGCUUUUGGACAGCCUUCUGGUUUGGGUCAGCAACCUCAGCCCGCAUUUGGCCAGCCAUCAGUACCUUCUCAACAAAACACCGCUUUCGGUCAACCCUCAGUGCCAGGUCAGAACUCGGCUUUCGGACAACCUUCAGCAUCGGGUCAGCAGACAUCAGCAUUCGGACAACCAUCAGCGCCUGCACAAGGGACACCGGCAUUUGGCCAAGCGCCAGCACCUCCACAACAAAACAGCGCAUUCGGACAGCCAGCAGUGCCGACACCACAAAACGGUGUAUUCGGACAAGCUUCAGCUCCAGCACAGCAGCAAAAUGCCUUCGGACAGCCACAACCAUCUCCCUUCGCGCAAGCAGCGGCCAAACCGAGUCCAUUCGGACAGCCUUCGCAGCCGGCAAACGGUCAGGCGGUCAAGCCGAAUCCGUUUGGCCAACCUUCACAACCAGCGAACAACCAGGCAGGCGGUGCAUUCGGUCAAGUGGCUCCGGCACCACAACCAGAACAGCAACAACAGUCAUAUGCUGAGCCAAUGCCUCAAGGUGAAUGGAUCACUCGCCAUGCCAAUGGGGCGGUUCGAACCUUCAAAGGUGCAGCGGUACAGUAUGUCGCCAUCGGAAAAGAGGGAGAGCAGACGCAAGAGCCACACUACAGGGAUGCAAAUGGAAACAUGGAAAGAAUCUGGCAUCCAGAAGGCAACGCAUCAUUCAGGGCAGAGAUGGAAGCACCAGCAGAGGCUUACACGACUGAGCAUGAAGCGGCGUACAAAUUCAUGGCCGAACAGGGAACAUUCAAGGACGGCAUCAUGCCAGAGAUACCACCAAAGUGCGAAUGGAUUAGGUGGGAUGUGUAGAGAAGAUUACACAAGUCCAAAAUGUAGUAUUAGAUAAAUGGCUUAUCAUGCGGAACAGUUCCGCAUGAGGCACGAAGUUACUAGACAAGAUCAAGGAAACUUGAAUGCUCUGCCUCUUUCACAGGAUAACGAUUC